GACUGGAGACGAAGCGGUGCGGCUAGCUAGCGUUAGCAAGAUGUUCAGACUGAGGGAACAGCGUGACUUUGUAAUAUUUUUCAUAUCCGUGUAUUUUGCGUGUGCUUCGAGUAUCACCAGCGCUACCAGCGCGCUGUCUUUUCAAAUUCACGCCUGAGUUAAGUUGUCAGGGAGGGAUCCGAGCGACAGGCCGCAAAUGGAGCCGGGGACCUCGCGUGAAUGUCCGACCGGCGCCGGAGGCCCCGAGCCCUGCGACCUGAGGGAGGAAACCCCGGGGGAGGAGGCAAAGGACAGAGAGCGCAGCACCGUGCUGCUCAGAGGAAGAGGAGGGGACCAGGACACAGCAGGCAAGAUGAAAGCAGAGGAUGAUGGAGAUGCAGGGAACCAGAAAAAGGCUGGAUAUGAUGAAGAGGAGGGUGGCAAAUAUGAAGAGGAACUGGACCCAAGAAUUCAGGAGGAGCUGGAGCACCUCAAUCAGGCCAGUGAUGAGAUCAACAAGCUGGAGCUGCAGCUGGAUGAUGCCAGGUCGAGCUACAGGAGAAUCCUCACAGAUUCUGCCCGGAAGCUCAAUGCUCAAGGGUCCCAGCUGGGUGCCUGCAUUGAGAAAGCAAGGCCCUACUAUGAAGCCCGAAGACUUGCCAAAGAGGCCCAACAGGAAACCCAGAAGGCAGCUCUGAGGUAUGAGAGGGCUGUGUCCAUGCACACCGCUGCCAGAGAGAUGGUGUACGUGGCAGAGCAGGGCCUUCUGGCUGACAGGAACACCCUGGACCCAACCUGGCAGGAGAUGCUGAACCAUGCCACGGCUAAGGUGAAUGAGGCAGAGGAGGAGCGCCUCCGGAGUGAACGGGAGCACCAGCGGGUCACCCAGCUCUGCCAGGACGCCGAGGCUCGCGUCCAGACACUCCAGAAAGCCCUCAAGAAGGUCAUCCUGAAGUCAAAGCCUUACUUUGAGCUCAAGGCACAGUUCAACCACAUUCUGGAGGAACAUAAGGCUAAGGUGAUACAGCUGGAGGAGCGGGUGGCCAAAGUGAAAACACGCUAUUCUGUGGCUCUGCGCAACCUGGAGCAGAUCAGUGAGCAGAUCCACGCCCAGAGGGGCCGAAUCCUGGCCAGCAGGGGGCAUCCUUCAGCCUGUGGGGGGAGAAGCUCCCCGGUUGGAGCUGAGGCCGAGGUUCGAGCUGCUGUUGGGAUUCAUGUAGGUAGCUGUGGAGGGGUGAGUGGUAUAGAGAGUGACUGGGCAGACGGGGAGAAAACCAGGCGGUGGGUGGAGAGGCACCGCGAGUCUGGCUGGGGCCAGAGGGAGAGGCUUGAGGCCGAGCAGGCCGUAUCAGACUGCAUGUCCGUCAUCAGUCUGCAGACCAUUGCCUCCGACCUGGAGAAGUGUGACUCAGUGGAGCACCUCGGGGACCUCAGUGACACCGGAAGCCUGGUGGGGGAGGACUGGGACAGGGCCAGGAAUACAAAGCCACUGCAGAUGCUAGCAGGCAGGGAGGGGGCAACAGACGAACCGCUGCAGGACAGAGCUAACCAAGAGAAGGGAGCGGCUGGUAAAGAGCGGCAGGAAAGCUUCGUCAAGCAGCACCACAGGAGCGUUAGCCUCUGAGAGACACUGGGAUAAGGAGGCUGAUGAGUGAUGCUGAAGAAGGUGAGGAAAUUAGAGGGGAACGAAGAGGAACUGAGACUCUGGGAGGGUAGAAGAGCUGCCAGGAAUUUGAAACGUGGAGUGCUGACACUGAUUGACACAGCAUCAUGAUGACACUGCAGUUACAAAAACCAGGGAAGGUUGGCCGGUACACCAGGCUCACAUUAACGAGUGCCUGCAUGACAGCAAUGAAGAGAGCAAGAAGUCCCAGCAAAUGCACUAACCCUCCUCUGGGAGUUAGAGAUCUCAUGCUCUGAUCCUCUGUUGCUCCGCACGCUGAAGUAUCAGUGACAGUGCAUGAAAAGAACAGCAGGUUGCAAAAGUCUAAUUGCUCUAAAGUAGAACCAGGCAAAACCUAGAAAUAGCGCAGAAGUGUGCUUGUUUUUAUUCAUGUUUCUUUAUUUUAAAAUCUCUGCAUACCAUUUUAGUAGUGGACAAAUAACCUUAGUCUUUAAUGUAGGCAUUACUGUGCACUUGAGAAAUCACUCAAGCACAAAAACAUACAAAAACAAAUGAACAGCUAAAAAGAACUAAACAACAGAGAUGAAUCACAGUAAAAAAAAAACAAGUGAAAAAAAAAAACAAGAGGGUAUGUUCAUUCACCUCUGCAAACCUUUGAAGUGGAAUUUGAAUAAUUUUGCAGGGUGCAGUCUUCAUCUUGUGUAUUAUAAGAGGUCUGUUUUCAAGUUUAAAAUAGUGUUGUGGCCAAAUAGCCAUUUUUCAUUGACUUAUGAGGUGACUGCUAUAUGGCUUCAAAAGUAUCCUCUGAUUGAUAAUCUGAUGAUGUGAGCUAGGUACUGAUGAGAUCAUGAGCAAAGAUUUUUUUCUGUAAUUCAGUUUGAUGAAAGCUAUUCACAAAGUUGUUUAAGCUUUUAAGAUCCGGAAGAAACUACAUCUAUACACUGCUUAGCUGAAGAUGUAACCCCCUCUUCUUUAGGUCAAGGGAUAAUUCACCCAUUUGGAAUAAUAAUAAUGUUAAUAAUAAUAAUAAUAAUAAUAAUAAUAAUACUUUUUAUUUGUAAUGCACUUUACAUUUAAAACAAAUCUCAAAGUGCUAACCCAAAAAUCACUCAUUCAUUCAUUGUCGUCGGCGAUUCCUGACGUGCUGCUCAAAACGCCGGGUGCACUGCUCAAAGUGUCGGCGAAACCUCUCCCUCUGCUCAGCAUGGCACUGCAGGUCCUCGAUCAGCUCAAAGUACCUCAAGAGUUUGUCCUGGUCCCAUUGCCGUCCUUCAGUCUGUAUGUACGUCCCCAAGUUCUCCCAGUCUGGACGGUCCUCUUCAGCAGAUGCAGACCUCUCCCUCCUUGCCCUUGAUGCCCCUGCUAACUCCCCUGAUUGUUGCACUCUUUUGGCCAUGGCAAUGUCUUUUUCGGCCUUCACCCUGGCCCUUUUCACUUCCUCAUCCAGGUGUGUCCGAAGGGUUUGAAUACUUUUGACUAGGACAGACACCAUCAGGUUGUAGAUGAGGACGCUUGCUAGCAGGAGCCACAGAACGAUGAAGCACGUCCAGUAAAAGUAAAAUCUUUUUCUGGAGUCUUGCUGAUGAUGUAGUGCAGCAGGUCCAUCCAGUGGUCAAAUGUGAAAACGAUGGACAGCGUACAACAAGCGCUCAACACGUCAUUAAAGUAGUUCCUGACGUCUGAGUCCUUCGGGUAUUUCUGAAACCGUUCAACCAUUCGCCUUCGAUGCCCAGCGAAAUGGCAUUCAGUGUGACGAAGCAGAUCAUUAGGCUGUCGAACCAUUUACUCUCCAGAACCUUGUGGGCAGACAGACUGAGACCAGACGGUGAGGCGGGUGGCUGUGGCGGGUCCUUAUCCUCCACACUGGCGGGGGCUGGAAGGUCCUGACCAUCUGGAGCCUGACCAGCUGUGCUCGGGACAGGCCCGUCUCGCUCUGGACGUCCUGUGCCUCCAUUUGUGUGGAACUACCAGCUAAAUCCAGUUUGUGUGUAGGCAGCUUGUGUUUUCCAAAUGUCCGGAAGAACUUAUCUUGCAGGGAAGUCCACCUCAAUGGCAGGAGGCUAACAGUUAGCAUUUUGAGCAUCCAGUGAGAGGAAGAUAGCACCACUAACAUCAGAAUUAAAUAAAUGAGUUGAAGUAUCCUUUUAAUGGAAGAUCUCCUCACAUAAAGCUACUUUGCAAUGCCAUUACCCCUUUCACAUUUAUAGAAAAAGCCAAAUAGAUGAUAACAUAGUAAUUUGAAUAUUUUUUUAUUGCUCAUUUUUUCAAAGUGCCUUUGGGUCCUAAAUCUUUUCCUCUCAGCCAAAAAAUGUCCUACCAACAAAAGAAUCCAAGGGCUUGAUGUCAGAUAUUUGAAAUUGAAUGUAUUAAAACCAUUAUUGGUCAGUGACAGUCAGUAUAAAAUGUAGACAACUAACAGCAUGUACUUUGAUAUUAGGGUUGGACCAAUAUGGAAUUUUGAAGGCCAGUGCCGUUACCAGAGUCUGUUUUGAAGCUGCCAUCAUGUGUUGCCUCUAAAUCCCUCCACUGAAACCCAGACUAAUGAAAUUCAUUCAGCAAGGCUUCUGAAAGUUUCAACCCCUAGAGGGCAGUGUGGCAGUUUUCUGCUGUAGGGUGUCUCAAUUUUUAAUGCACACUGAAAUUAAUUUUUUCUCAUUUCACUUGCCACAUUUACGUCAGAAGUACAUUUAAAGCUGGCGAAGGCUGAAAUUUACGGACUAAAACUGAAAACAGUUGUGUAUACUUUGUUUUGUAAAUCUGUGCAAUUUCUAAUUCAUUUAAAACUUAGAAAGUGGGUUUGCACAACUUGUACGUGUUUGCACGUGACAUCUUCGUUGUAUUUAAUCACAUGAACCCAAACCCUGUUUUGCCAUUGGCCAACUUUCUUGCAGUACAUACUAAAACAUUUGUGUAUGUAAGAGAUGAAUGUAAAUUUUCAAGAGAAGUAGAUGUAUGAUAAUGCUGAACAUCAGAUAUGUAAUAUGGCUAUGUCAUUUUAUGGAACUUCGUUGUGUUAAACUAUUAAAGUUUUAUUUAACAUGCUCUUCACAGUGA